AGGUAUGACAGCGGGCACUGGGUCACCAGGCUUCAGGUCAUUUGGCUCGCCAGCGGGCACCGCGUCAUCUGGCAAGGCAGUGGGCACCGAGUCACCAGGCACGACAGUGGGCUCCGAGUCAACUGGCAUGACCGCGGGCACUGGAGGCAUCAGGCUGAAUCGUGGGCGCCGAGGCACCAGGCUGCACCACGGAAGGCAGGUUCUCAGAUGGGAGGCUGACCGG